UGGGGAUAAUACAAUAUACAAUAAAUGAAAAAGUCAAAGGAACGGGGAAAAGCAAGGUUCUGGGUUCGACUCUGGGAACCAAACUCUCAAUGGGGACCGCCAGAUGGGCACAGGAAUGUGAAGGAAGGUCUGGAAAGCUUGGGGGCUUUCUGACCCUUGGUUGACAGAUGGAGAGCGAGGAGGGUUGUCUAGGUAUAUAACGGCUACAUGGAGCGUCCAGAGUGGAGUGACGGCUGAAGUAGGUAACUUUAGCAAAGAAGGUUUUCGUAGUUCUACGGUUACAAUUUUUCUGGGAGUAACGUGCAUCAUACCCAGGUAGGUAGCUCGACAAGGGUGGUGAUGCUGGUAAUGGUGAUAUGGCAGUAUGGCAGUUGGCAAGCCAGAAGAGCGGCAAACUUUCCGCUGCUGGUGUUGGUUAGGGCUUCUUAUUUCAAUAUUGUAUGUUUUUGUGCUAUGUUGGAUUAAAUAUAGAGCUCAGAGAGCUCCAGAGCUCCAAAGCUUACCGUUAGCAGCAAGCUCCGUCUCUUUCCUUUCCUCCUUGUCUUUCCCCUUCCGCUCUUAUACGUAUCUUUUUUUUCUCUUCCCUUUUCUUCUCCUCAUACACGCCGUCUUGAAAGCAGAAAUCUCUUUCUUUUCAUCACUUCCAACCCACGUCCAUUCAUCUCCUCCACGCCCAUUUUGCCCGCCGGCCUAUAGCUGUCGCUUUUAUGCCCUGGCAAGUCGCCACCUCCCCUGUCAGCUCUCUCGCAGCAUGUGCACCAACCUACACCUAUCAAACCUCGUAGCUAUUUGGAAAAGAAACACACAUCGUCGAUUCAAUAACUGUUACUAGCUCUCUCUCUCUCUCUCUCUCUCUUUGUUUCCGUCGAUCUCUCAACACCUUCAUCUCACCCUCCGCCCCUAAACUGGGUUCGAAAAAAAGCCAGGUGUCUCCAAACGGACCAGUGCUGCAAUAUAUGAAACCUCCACUAAACAACCACGACCCCGAAAACACAUCCUAUCCCCCUCCCUCCUUCCCUCCCUUUUGAGAAGUAAUAAGUAAUAGUAAGGAUCAAGGACGAGGCAACGGAAGAUCUACAAACGAAUACCUCAACGCCCAUCUCAGACUACUAGGGUGAUAUUUGCAUAAGCGAUACCAGAGCAGCUCCUGGCCUUGGGUUAUUCCUCUCUACAUCGAAUUCCAGUCAACUUCGAGCAACUUUUCAACUAUACCUCUCCGCCUAUCGUUGCUUGUCUGCAGCAACCUCUCCUAGGUCUGCCGGCGUAAUCACCAUCUCGCCGUCUCCCCGGCCGUCAUUCUCGUCGUCUUCUUGACGCCUCCAUUCGCCCUUCUCCUCGGUCUCUCCUUCUAGCCACCAGGUGCUCGUCCCCUCCUUCCUCCUCUCGGCUGAUUGGAAAUCGAUAAAUAAAAACAAAAUUAUAAUCUGGAAACACAAACAAUCACAAGAAACAACAAUAACAAUAACAAGAGCAACAAAUAAUAAUUUGGUUUAAAAAACAUUUCCCCAACUACGCUGCUGGGUUCUCGAGCCUCUCCUUUUUAUCCACAGAGACGAGAUACUUCCACUUCUACAACUGCAAUACUUUUUUGCCACCCCACCCUGCUCCUAUCCAUUUAUCAUAUUUUCGAGACUGUCUCUUCCCUCUAGUGAACCUUUGGUCUACAGGUGGGCCAGCUUCGAAAUACUCAUUGCUCAAAAAGCUUCGUUCCAUCGCUUGAGUUGAUAUUCUCUCUUGGAUCAGCCACGUCGCCUCAAAAGCUGCACACCAAGCCUCGUUAAGCAUUGGCUAGCAGCCCAAGUUCUGGUCAUUAGCCGUGGUUUAGCCUCCCUUUAUCCACAUCGAUUCUUUUUCUUGCCGACGCAUCGUAGCACCCACGCUCGCGGAAGUUAACUCCUAUAUAAUAUUCUGUACGACAUAAUCUAAAGCCCUUGUGCUUUAUCAAUCUCAACCAUGGAUCAGCAAGGCCAGUCCAUCCCCGGCCCUGCCGGUAGACGCCUGCACAUUGCCCAUCGGAGAAGCCCUCAGAGCUUACUCCCUAAUGAUGGAACAACUAGCUUUACAACAACAGAUUGAACUACUCCAACAGCAGCAGCAGCAAAUUGCUGCCACCCAUCAGCAAUACGUCAACAUGGGGCUUUUGCAACCGCAACAGUCUCUCCAACAUGUGGCUGCCUACUCGCCAACCAUGCAAACUCAGGGGCUUCCUGGUGUUACCCAUAAUAAUUUUCAGUUUCCCCAAUCUCAACAACAGCAGCCACAACAUAUGGGCGUACCCUUAAAUACCCAAAAUCAGCCCUCCCACCGGCGUAACCAGUCUGCACUUCCAAACGUUGGCAUGGGACCCCCACCUGCGCCUUCUUCGGGUGCAGCCGGUUCUAAUUACGAUUAUAACCUUGGUCAAGGUCAAGGUCAAGGCCAAGGCCAGGGCCAGGGUUCGUCUAAUCAGAAUCGUGAGAAUGGCCAGCCAUCUCGUGGUCGUGGGGGUGCUCCUCCUGGAGGUGGCCAUCAGCGCCGUCAUUCACUGGCUCUCCCCGAAGCGAGAAAAGCAGCUGAACUCGCCCAGCAAAAAAGGACUACAUCUGGAUUCCAAUUCCCAAUUCCAGGUGCCUCGGGUGCUUCUAGCACGUCCAACCAAGGUGAAGGUUCUCCCACUGAAAAGCCUUCCCAGCCUGCCUCGUCCUCCCCUCAACCUCCCCAAGGAUUAGGUGUUCAACGGGCUGGAAACAUUCGAUCUGGUCCCCAUACGCGUAGUCAGUCCUUGGCCAUGGGCAGCGGCCGCAGUGGUGGAACUUCGGGUGGCAGAGGUGCUGGCGGGUUCCAGUUCCCACAAUCAAGUGAGGGAUCUCCAGCACCGGAUUCUUCUCGACGCUCCAGCCAGCCAUCGCAUGGUCGAUCAGGCUCCCGAAACUUCGAUAGCAACUGGCGUCAACAGAAUACAAACCAGAAUCAAGGGCAGGACCAGCAACGAGCUCCCAUGGGAAGCUUUGGCCAACAGCAAGGUGGAGCCAACUUUCAACCAGGUCAUCGCACACGUGGGUCCGUGAACCAGUCGGUCGGAUCACUUGGUUCCUUCCAGUAUACAGGUCAACCCCAGCUCAUCCAGCUCCCUCAGGGACAAGUUGUCAUGGCACCCCCGCAAAUGUUUGCUGGUCAGCAUCUAAAUCCUCUUCAAAUUGCCCAGCUUCAAGCGAUGCAAGCAAGCGGUCAGCUGAAUGUUCAAAAUCUAGGUCUGCAAGCCACACCUCAGCAUGUUGCCCCCCAGCUGUCUGCUCAGCAACAGCAGCAGCAACAGCAGCAACAGCGUAAAACACUUUUUACCCCAUACUUGCCCCAGGCAUCACUGCCUGCUCUGUUGAACGACGGUCAACUGGUGGCCGGUGUUUUGAGAGUCAACAAGAAAAAUAGAUCCGACGCUUACGUUACUACGCCUGACCUUGAUGCAGAUAUUUUCAUUUGUGGAAGCAAGGAUAGAAACCGUGCCCUUGAGGGUGAUCUUGUUGCUGUUGAGCUGCUGGAUGUUGAUGAAGUAUGGAGCCAGAAGCGAGAGAAGGAGGAGAAGAAAAAACGCAAGGAUAUCACGGAAACCAGGAGCGGUAGCACCGCCGGGAUGGAUAAGAACGCUCGAUCUGACUCUAUUACCAAUGGCGAUGCUGGACAAAUUGCGCCCGAUGGAAGUAUUCGACGACGAGGCAGCCUCCGCCAAAGGCCCACUCAGAAAAAGAAUGAUGACGUCGAAGUUGAAGGUCAGAGCCUCCUUCUCGUGGAGGAAGAUGAAAUUAGCGAUGAACAUAAGCCACUCUAUGCUGGUCAUGUUGUCGCUGUGAUCGAACGUGUUGCUGGCCAGAUGUUUGCCGGCUCUCUCGGCCUUCUUCGGCCCUCCAGCCAGGCUACCAAAGAGAAACAGGAAGCAGAGCGACAGGCAAGAGAGGGCGGUCAUUCUCGUCAUCACCAUGACCGUCAACAGGAGAAGCCGAAGAUUGUGUGGUUCAAACCCACUGACAAACGUGUUCCUUUAAUCGCGAUUCCAACCGAACAAGCUCCCCGCGACUUUGUUGAAAAGCAUGCUGACUACGCCAAUAACAUAUUUGUUGCGUGCAUUAAGAGGUGGCCCAUCACAUCUCUUCAUCCAUUUGGAACACUCGUUGAACAACUUGGUGCCAUGGGCAACUUAAAGGUGGAGACGGAUGCCUUACUCAGAGACAACAACUUCGCCUCUGAUGAGUUCUCUGAAGCUGUGUUGAAGAAUGUUGGCUUCGAGAAAUGGUCCGUAAAGGACGAAGGCGAAGCCUUGCUGGCUAAUAGGAGGGACUUCCGGGAUGAAACCACUUUCACUAUCGAUCCCAACGGCUACAAGGAAUUGGACGACGCCAUCCACGUCAAAUCACUCUCUGAUGGGAAGGUGGAAGUUGGCAUCCAUGUGGCAGACGUCGCUCAUUUUAUCAAGAGUAACUCGCUCGUUGAUAGAGAGGCUAAGAAGCGUGGUACUGGAGUAUACCUUAUGAAUCGUGUGGUUAACAUGAUCCCGCCUCGCUUGGCGACUGAAAUAUGUUCGCUUUUGCCUGGCGAAGAAAGAUUAACCGUCAGUGUCGUCUUCCAAGUGAAUUCCGCCACCGGCUCCGUGGAAGGAGAACCGUGGAUUGGAAAGGGGGUAAUCAAGAGUUCAGGGAAACUCACGUACGACGAGGUGGAUGCCGUCCUUAGCGGAAAUUUUGAUGUUGAACUCCACGGGGCUACUGUGGAGGAUAUCAAGACUUUACACGAUAUUGCCAUUAAAUUUAGAAGAGCGAGAUCUGGCAAUCGGUCCUCCAAUAUACCAGCUCUGCGACUCCUCUACCAGCUUGACGAUGAAAAUGUCCCAGUCGAACAGAACAUUUUCGACACCACACCGGCCCACGAACUCAUUGAGGAAUUAAGCCACAAGGCGAAUUCCUUUGUCGCAAAGAAACUCCUGUCUGCUCUUCCGGACAAAGCAUUCCUUCGCCGCCAGGCACCACCUAACUUCCGACGGCUGAAGACUUUCGUUGACCGGAUGACGAGACUGGGUUAUGACAUCGAUCCUACUAGUAGCGGUACACUCCAGACCAGUCUCUUCCAAAUAGAAGACGUUGAUAUUCGCAAGGGAAUGGAAACACUGCUUCUGAAGGCGAUGCAGCGUGCGAAGUAUUACGUUGCAGGAAAUGUGACAGAGGAUCAGCGACAGCACUACGUUCUUAACUUGCCUGUAUACACUCACUUCACCAACCCCUCUAGGCGCUACGCAGAUAUUAUCGUCCAUCGACAACUAGAAGCAGUACUCUCCAAUGUUGAAUGUACGGAUGACGUCGAAAUUCUUACCAAAACCGCUGAACAAUGUAAUAAUAAGAAGGAUUCUGCUCAGACUGCUCAGGAGCAAAGUGUUCACAUCGAAUCCUGCCGCGUUAUGGACAAGAAACGAAGUGAGAUUGGAGGUGACCUGAUCAGCGAGGGUAUUGUCCUCUGCGUUUACGAAUCUGCUUUCGAUGUCCUCAUUCCAGAAUAUGGCUUUGAGAAACGUGUCCACUGUGAUCAGUUGCCAUUAAAGAAGGCCGAGUUCCGUAAGGGGGAGCGGGUUCUCGAGCUAUACUGGGAGAAAGGUGUCCCGUCAUCCGCUUACAUUCCUGAGGAUGAGCGCCCCAAAGCUGCCCAGAGUACACGUGCUGCCAAUGCUGCCGCCGCCGCUCGUGAAGCGGAGGCUGCAAGGGAACGAGCUCGCGAGCGAGAGGAAGCUCAGCGGAAACAAACGGACACCGGUACAAUCUCAACUGAUGAUGUUGACGCUCUCUUUGACGACGAUGAGGAUGAAGACGACGAUAUUUCCGAGGCCACGGAGAUGGCUGCAGGCGUCUCGCUUAACUCCCCAGUGGAUCGGUCUACUCAAAGCAUGCCUCCAUCUCCUACAAGGAAUGGCCACGUCCAGCAGACCCCUCAUCGCACUCGUUCAGAUCCGAAGAUCGCAAGUAGCACUGUUGAAGCUCCCGAAACCAAAUUGACCAAUAAAGAAAAGUAUCUCAAGCUUUUCAAGCUGCGGGAGGAGGAUGGUGAAUAUAUUCAGGAUGUCACUGAGAUGACUAGGGUGCCAAUCAUUCUGAAGACAGAUCUGACCAAGAGUCCACCGUGUCUCACUAUUCGCUCCGUAAACCCGUACGCUCUUUAAAUUGGCAACACAAUUAAGGAUACGUUCGAUAAAACUAUAUUUUUUUACAAUCCGCUCAUCCACUUAUUCUAUCCUUAUUUAGCUCAUUGUUAUUGUUACUUCCGAAAUCGAUUAUCUAUUCGUGUCGUGCGCGUCUAUUUUUUAUGCAUCUCUUCCCAUGCAUUUAUUCCGACACUCUCCUAUCGCUGUGGCGAAGUGUCACUCCUUUGUCGAAGCACAGUUAUUGAAGAAGGAAAAGAAUAUAUAUAUAUAUAUAUUGAUUCUAGCGACUUAUCAGUUCGGUUACUCCUUGCCCGCGCCCCUUUCUAGUUCCUAGUCAGCAUUUGAUUAUACAUUCAUUUCCAUCGGACCCUACCCGACUCGAUCGUUAGACUAUUACAGGGACUCUCACCUGUCUAUGUUGUCAUUGUGCCUCAAUAUCCACCCCGCUACUAGGCAUCAUAUUGGACUGGUCAUUUUCAUUUUUUAUCGUAUUGAAACGAGCUUUAAAAAAAAUAUUCAUGUCAGCGGUUCUAGCCUGUUGUGGCUAUGGAAUGGAAAGCACAGGCGAGAAGGGAAGAAAGAAAGGAAGAAAAAUUGUUUAUUUUCGGAUCACGUCCCCUUUUUCUAGAUUGAUUGAAACAGGGGAAAGAGGUUGUUGCUUUUUACAAGAUUGUAUUGAUUGGUUCCAGCAUAUGCUCUCUGAAGGCAACGGAACAGUUUGUUGUUUGAAGAGGGAAACGAAUGGAAGUGAAAGGGAUAUCAGAUUGAGAUGAGUUGAGAAAAGAAGGACUUAUAAGUUAUGCUCUUAUCUGUUUUCAGUGUCUUGCAUUUUUAGUUUAGCGUUUGUGCUUCCUUUUUCUAGGUUAGGAGCUGGUUUUAUAUUUACAUUUUUAUUUUCUAAUUUUUAAAAUUAUUCUCUUUGCACAAGUUGUGCUACUAAUCAAAGAUAGAUUAUAUUUAUAUAAAGCUCUCUCUGGACCGUGUUUGAGACACUCCCGAUAAUAACACUCACUUGUUAGAGCUCAUCAGGUUGCAAGAAAGAUUGAGCUGGCAUUCAUUCAUUCAAUUCAUGUUUUCUAUCAUAAUCAUGUGUAUCAUAACUACAGUACAUAACCACUUAAUCCGCAAAAAAGUAGAAUCAUCAGCCUCGGCCUCAAAAAGACAAGAGAAGAGAAAGAGACCCAACCCACUUACUCCCCAAAAGAAGAGGCACUCUUCCCUUGAAGAACAAAUACCAAAGGUAGACUAGACAGACAGACGCCCCGCCAAAAAGAGCAAAAAAAAAAAAAAAAAAAAAAAAAACCAAAGAAUCCGACAGAAACGAGAAUAAAGCCAAAUACAAUGAAUACAAUGAGUCGGCGCGUGCCUCGUGAUGCUUGCUGGUGGUGAUAGAGGUGGUAGGAG